CGCAAAUCGCAGCCAAACUUGACACAUUCUCCCUCAUGGUGAAGGUCGGAGAGCGAGGACAAGGCCGAGAUUGUGGUAAUUCCAUCAUGUGGCCGACCCUAAUCCGUGCGGCCCGUUAAAAGGUGCCGCGGCGGCCCGGUGGGCGGUGGGGGCCGGCCGAGCUUGGCUUCACCGCUACUGAGCCCACCGCGCUCAUUCGCGCACACUCGCCCUGCCUGCGUUCCGCAAACAAAAGAAGAUCAGCGGACUCUCGCCAUGAACGGCACCGAAGGACCCAACUUUUACGUCCCCAUGUCCAACAAGUCCGGCGUGGUCCGCAGCCCCUUCGAGUACCCUCAGUACUACCUGGCCGAGCCUUGGAAGUACUCUCUGGUGGCCGCGUACAUGCUGUUCCUCAUCGUCACCACGUUCCCCAUCAACUUCCUGACGCUCUACGUGACGGUCAAGCACAAGAAGCUGAGGACGCCCCUCAACUACGUCUUGCUCAACCUCGCCGUGGCUGACCUGUUCAUGGCGGUGGGGGGCUUCACGGUCACUCUCUACACGUCCCUGCACGGAUACUUCAGUUUGGGCGUCGUCGGCUGCAACGUCGAAGGGUUCUUCGCCACUUUAGGAGGAGAGGUGGCUCUCUGGUCGCUGGUGGUUUUGGCCGUCGAGCGCUACGUGGUGGUGUGCAAACCCAUGAGCAACUUCCGCUUCGGGGAGAAGCACGCCAUCUGUGGGCUGGGAUUCACGUGGAUCAUGGCUUUGACCUGCGCUGCGCCCCCCCUGCUUGGAUGGUCACGGUACAUCCCCGAGGGCAUGCAGUGUUCCUGCGGCAUCGACUACUACACGCCCAAACCGGAGAUCAGCAACGGCUCCUUCGUGGUCUACAUGUUCGUCCUGCACUUCCUCGUCCCGCUCGCCGUCAUCUUCUUCUGCUACAGCCGCCUGCUGUGCACCGUCAGAGCGGCGGCGGCCCAGCAGCAGGAGUCGGAAAGCACCCAACGGGCCGAGAAGGAGGUGACCCGCAUGGUGGUCGUCAUGGUGAUCUCCUUCCUGGUGUGCUGGGUGCCGUACGCCAGCGUGGCCUGGUACAUCUUCGCCAACCAAGGCGCCCAGUUCGGGCCGGUCUUCAUGACGGCGCCGGCGUUCUUCGCCAAGAGCGCCGCCCUCUACAACCCCGUCAUCUACAUCCUGCUCAACAAGCAGUUCCGAAACUGCAUGAUCACCACCGUGUGCUGCGGCAAGAACCCGUUCGGUGAGGACGACGACGACGACGGCGCGUCCGGCGCCCAUUCCAAAACGCAGACGUCGUCCGUCGCCUCCAGUCAGGUGGCCCCCGCUUGAACUGCACGAGCCAACACUCCCAUCCCCCCACCCGCCCCCACAACCCGCUUAACCUGCAUGAUCAUGCGUUGUUCCGACUAUUCGACGCUCCGCAGCCAACACGGUCUGAGCGCCGUGCUGAAAAAUCUCCUUGUGAUGAUCGCGCAUGGGCGUAUAUUUUGUAAACUUCCAGCCAGUCUGAAACGUCCCCAUCCGUGCUUCUUCUGCACGGUCCGUUCGACAACUCGUCGCCGAGCGUUCAUGUUCAUCUUUCCGAGACGAACGUAACGAACUUUUUUUUAAUCAAUUUUUGUUUUGCGGUUAGCUUAUAACAUGUGUUAGCUCCCUUUAUGUAGAAGAAGGGGAACUAUGAGACCGGGGGAUUUCCGCUACGUACCCACAGUUCCCCUGUUAGCAACGCAUGCGCGUUAAUCACGAGGAGACUUUUCAGCACGGGGGGAGCGCUCAGACCGUCGCACCGGUUUGAGCGUUCGGAGGGGUCCUGUUAGCGCCGUUCAUUGUCCGACGUGCAAACGAUGCGUUUGAAACUAAGCUAAUCGCAUCCAAUUUUCCGAUGAGAAAAAGGACGUGCGUCCGAAUCUGUCGCUAAUGCUGUGUGUUUCAAAAUGGCAGCCGGGAAUGAAAGGUUGCUCUUAAAAAAAGACAACACGGUCCAGAACUUUUUGCCUCCAGGGAAAUGCGUCCAAUAUUUCUGAGGGCCCCCUUCGCCAACUGAACGGCAAUCGAAAGCAGCUCCCAUAUUGUUAGCAUAGCUGCACAGGUCAGGUCAGAAAGUCACACAGACAGCAACAAAUAGCUAGCAGUCAGAUGACUAAAAAUUGAUGUAAAAACAUAUAUAUUGUUUAAAUGGUUCAAAUAUAUAUUCAUGACUUGCGUAACAGAAAAAGAAAUAUAACCAAAUUCGUAUUCAUUUUCCUUUAUUUGGAUUCCAUGUUGAAAAUAAACAUUCACAUCUAUAUUUAUCCACCGUUGCUAGCCGACUCGCGGCGCUCCCGCUAAGAGAGGAGGGCCGUUUUUCUCGCUUUAGCCGUUGGCUCGCUAUAUUUAGCGCCUCUCAGACCAGUUUUCAAAGAGGCCACUCGCGAGGGGUUAAUUCCCGCUGGAAAAAAAAAAAAAAAGAUUGAGCGGAAUUGUUUGGUACGCUGACCAUUUAUACGUCACUAACGCAGUCAUUUGGCCACAGGUCGGGACCGUUUGACCCGAGGUAUGUGCUUCCGAAUUUUUUGUGCUUUCCCUUAAGAAUCCCGAUGUUUCGUCUUCUUUAACCCGCGGCGCUAGAUGGUUUCCUAAAGUGUCCACUAAAUAUCCUUCAGUAGCCGUUCGGGAGUACAGAAAUGACGACUGAUCGCUAGCGCGCUCGUUCAUCACUUCCUUCCUCCCGAAUCGCUACAAAGGAACACGUCAAGCAAAUCGGAGGACAGUUUGAUGCGUUUGUCGGGAUUCACGUUAAUGAAAUGAACCCCAAUCAAGUGGAUUGUUGUCCGUGGUUCGCUCUUCUCGACGGAGGCGAGUGUGACCAGUCGGACGCUAGUACGCGGGAUUGUGCGCCGGCGACGCGAUGAUUUAGCGGAUUGCCGAAAGGCUCCGUAACAUUUUGUGGAUUUUUGUUCGAUGUCUUGCAGUAAAACCAAAGCUCAACGUGUGUCUGGCUUUCCUCUUUCACUCUUUAGCGUUUUUACGAGGCCUCCUAAAAAGUUCCAGAUGCGCGCCGGACGAGCGUUCGCAAACGGUGCACUUGAACGUGUAAUAUCGGCGUGACUGUUUUAAUUACUUUUUCAAAGUAAUAUGAUGACUUACAUGUGAUUUGAUUGAUGUUGAGCCGUUAUGACGGUGAAACCAUAAAAACCUUUAAUUGCGUCAUCACAUUUACACAAAUUUAUGAACUGGGUUUGGAAUCAGAAAUCAACAGUUUUUAAACUAUUGUUGAUGUUUGGCAACACAAAAAUGAUUGCGAUAACUCAAUGAACAUUUAUGAUAUGAC